GUGUGAAUUCUAAGGAAAAGUUACUUUGCUUAUAGAACUAGUUUUAACAAUAAGUCAUUAAUCUUUUAGACAGAAACAGAUAUAUGACGCGGAAAAUUAACACAAGACACGCACACGUUCUUUCUAGCCAGAAGUCUGUGAUUCAAAAGUUCUUUCAAUGCUUAUGCAACGUCUUACGAGCGCAUUUCAAACUGUUGAGCUUACAAUGGCUUCUGAUAGUAACAUACAUCCCAGUAGACGGCCUGAUCCUAAUUGGGGCUAUUGUGGUGUAAAUCUAACUAUCCACAACAUCAUAAUUCCUGAGGAACGGCUCUUUCCCACUCCUUCACAGCUAGACCGCUUGGAUUAUGAGACUGAGAUUGACCUACGGAUAGUUGGUUGCGAACUCAUCCAAGACUCAGGGGUUUUGUUACGGUUGCCGCAAGUUGCAAUGGCCACUGCACAAGUCCUCUACCAGCGAUUCUUUUAUUCCAAGUCGUUUGUCCGUCAUUUUUACGAACAUUAUGCAAUGGCAUGUAUAUUUCUCUCCGCAAAGCUAGAAGAAUCCCCUAGACGCAUAAGAGAUGUUAUCAAUGUUUUCCAUCACAUACGACAAGUCCGCGAGAACAAACCUCUAACGCCAGUCCUUCUCGAUCAAAGCUAUAGCAUUCUCAAAAAUCAAAUAAUUAAAGCCGAGCGACGCAUUCUUAAAGAACUUGGCUUCUGUGUCCAUGCAAAACAUCCUCAUAAGCUUAUCAUUUGUUACUUACAAGCUUUAGAUCAUGAAUCAAACAAAAGUCUCGUACAGACUGCUUGGAAUUACAUGAAUGAUAGUCUUCGAACUGACAUAUUUGUCCGUUACCUUCCAGAAGCAAUAGCCUGUGGGUGUAUACAUCUAGCAUCAUGUAAAUUGAAUGUUCCACUCCCACGCAAUCCUGCGUGGUGGGAGAUGUUCAGUGUAAGCGAGGAGUCUGUGCAUGAAAUCACUUUAUGUCUGUUGCGUUUGUACGCCCGCCCAAAGGCAGAUGUUGCUAAACUUGAAUCUGUUUUAAGUCAGCUCAGAAAAUCUCAGAUUGAGGCUAAGGAGCGUGAGAAUGAGCUGAAAAAACUGAAGGCCAAUACGACAUCUCCAAGCGCUAGGUCUGAUCACAGUUUUGGCUAUAUGUCACCACCAAACCGCUUAUCCAAAUCGAAGAAUCAUAGGCAAUCUAACGGCACGAAGAAGGUUACAGAUUUUAAGUCAGAAUCUAGAGAUGUCAGUAACACUUAUCCUCCAAGCUCUCUUUUGGCAAGCGCUUUAGCUAACGCUAAAGCUGUUGCAGCAACAGUUACGGCAACAAAAACGGGUGUAUUUGCAGACGAUUCACCGAGGUACGCUAUUAAUCCAUUAUCCAUUCCAAUCAGAGAUGAUCCAAGUGACGAAGAAAUAGCUUUGUUGGAAUCAAUGAACACAUUGGAUGAACCCAAUCAUUUCAAAACCAGAUCCGCUGAAGUUCAUGAAAAGUCAGAUAGAUUAGUUCAUGAAAACUCUACGAAAAUACGGACAAUCGUUCGACCUGCCGCAUAUUCAGACGUCCCCUCUAACCAAUCAGAAUCGAUCAAAAAACAUCGUCAUCGUAAACACAAGUAUUCCACAAGGAGACAUUACAAUUCUAUAUCCCCGUCAUCCUCGUCAUCUGAAAGAGAAACUUUCCAGAAUCGCUAUGACUCAACUAUGUUGACCAAUAACUCUCGACCUCGUAAUUACCGACAAAAAUUGAAUGAUGUAUCUACUUCUGGUUCAGAAACAGGGGAUAGUUCCCCAAGUUCUGAUAGACAGAUAGCCAAUGUUCAUAAUCACAGGAAAAACUAUAGCACUAAACGUAAACACAUACCACGUUCAUCAUCAGAAGACUCUCAAACAUCUUCUCUUAGUGAUGAUCCCCAUUUUUCCCCAACGCAUAAUACAGAGAAAUCCAAAAGUGGACGUCGUCGUUUAUCUCCUCCAUAUGCUUAUCGUAUUGAUUAUGAAAAGCUUCACAAAAGCAAACACCGUUCAUCGAUGCGAUCAGCGCCAAACGGUGAAAGUGGGCGUAAUUCGCGCGAGCACUCUAAUCAUCAUCUAUUACGAAGCAGCUUUCGAGAUCAUCGAAGUCUGUUUUCAAUGAGAGAAUCAUCAACUCGGGGAACACACUCCCAUCUUUUAUUCGGACUGCUAGUCUUGUUCUUAACUCAUGAAGAUGGAUAUAUGCAGAUCGUUCUGCAAAAUCUUGGUGAGUAAAUAACACUUCCUAUUAUUUUGUGUACUAAUUAUUAAUAAAAUAUAAUCUCUUUUCUCACACAAAUAAGUAGUCAAAUAAACUUUAGACAAAAUUUGUUAGAUACUUCAAGUUUGGCUUAUUCUAUGAGUCAGGUAGUUUUCUUCAAGAUGUGUACGGAUAAAACCUUGUUACUAAAAUAGUUAUGAUUCUUCUAAAGUUGAUGUCAUAUUCUGCAGUUCUCAAGAAACAUAGCAAACAGCACAUUAAUUCGAAACCUUUUUACUCUUGGGCGUUUCCUUUUCAUCUUCUAAGUACAUUUAUUCACCUACUGAUGCUAUUCAGUUUAAAAUAAUGAUUAAAAAUUGCUCAGUGAUUGUAUGAAAAGUAGUAUUCCCUAUUUUUACUCUAUAACAUACCUGAAUAAGUGAUGUGAUGUUCAGAAAUAACAUGAAUGAGUCUGGUUAGAUCCAAAAACCAACUAACACAUACUGCUAACAGUUAGUAAUCAAAUUAUAUGUUAAACGAGUUGACUUAAAGCGGGCCCUUGGUUCACAGUAGUACUCUGACUGAUAUAAGUUCCUGACAAAAUAAAUUUACACUAAUCGAAUUCUUACGUAUCUGUUGUAUAAAUAUCAUCUCCAUUUGUCUUUAAAUCAAAAGUUCCGUGAAUUUUGAGAUCUAAAACAAUUUCUGAAUUUUAAACGUAGUUUUGAAGGUACUGGUGCCGGUUAGUUCGUAGGCUCCAUUUGUAGGACUUAUUCUCCGAACUUCGCCUGUCACUGUGACACAAAACCGAUGUAUCACCACUUAUUUCGGUAUAUUUUCGUGUCAAAAAAUAUUAGUCUGACCCACGAAACGUGUUACGUAGUCAUAAACACGGAUGUGACGGAAAUUUUAGCCAGCAAUAUUAAAAAAAGUAGCUACCCCAACUAAACUUUUGCCGGUUAGCUAGGUGAUUGUCUAAAAAUUAUUGUCGGAAAAAAAAUUUAAGGUAUAAGUUUCUACUCCAAGUUGUAAUGGUCGACUUUUUUCUGGUCUGCUUUGUUAGUACCAAAUAUUUCAUGGAUUGUGAAGGCUAUUCUGGCUUGGGAGAUGAUAAAAAGUUGUCAUGUAGACAUCGCAAUUUAAACAAUUACAAUAACUAAG